AUGCAAAGGACACGACAACAGCGGAUCCAGAGUUGCCAUGGGCAACCAACCAAAGCAGCUGCAGGAUAUUAUGAGAAGUUCCUGUUGGUAGGACCAGACACAGAAACACAAAUGACAAAACUGUCCCUUUCAGAAAUCUCAAAAGAACAGAACCUAGCCUCACCUGAAGAGAAGACAAUGUGGAAACCCAGAGGCGCAGUCCUAUCAGAAGGGACCUGGAGAUCCCCAGACAGAAGGUGGGUUCUGCCACCUGGACUCAAAGACAGUAUCUUCUCAGAAGCACAUGGAGUUGGCCAUGCAGGCAUCUCCCAGAUGAAAGUGGACCUCAAAGAAUGGUGGCACCCCUUCCUACAUGACAUGCUAAAGGAGUGGGUAAGACACUGCACCGUUUGCACACACCACAACACCAGACCUACAUACAAGCCGGGGUGGGUAAGUUCCAACUAAAAACACGGCCAGGGAAAGAAAUCAUCAUUGAUUUUACAGAUAUGGUUAACUCAGUCUGAGGGUACAGGUAUGUGUGUUGACGCAUUUACGGGAUGGCCAGAAGCAUGGCCGGUGAAAAGAGAGGAUAGCAAGUCAGUAAGUAAGUGUCUCAUUAACCAUUACAUCCCACAGCAUGGCUUCCCAGAAAAGAUCAGGUCGGACAAUGGGUCACACUUCAAGAAUCAGGGCCUCCAGUACGUGGAGGCCACGUUGGGACUCAAACAUGGUUUUGGGUCUGUGUAUCAUCCUCAAUCUCAGGGUAAGGUUGAGAGGAUGAACCAGACAGUCAAGAACAGGCUGUCAAAGAUUUGCGCCCAUACAGGGCUGAAGUGGGUGGAUGCCCUACCGCUCGCCCUCAUGUCCAUCCGAUCCUUAGUAAACAGGACAACUGGACACACUCCAUUCAAGCUCGAUCAUGGUCGACCUUUUCCGGGGCCGGGGCGAGCCCUGCAAAACACUGACCCUCCUCCCUCUCACAUGCACCAGAAAGAUUAUUAUGAACAACUGCAAUCUGUUUUCUCUGAAUUUGCAGGUGCGAGACAUCAAAGACGGUACCAAAGACGGUGACCUACCCAUCACUGACUGGGUCCUCCUCCGGGUCAUCAAGAGAAAGUGGAACCAGCCUAGGUGGACAGGACCAUUCCGGGUGACCGAAAGAACCUCCCACGCAGUCCGGCUGGACGGGAAAGGAGACAACUGGUUCCACCUCACUUAG